AUGGCGAGUCUAUGUGAUACCGAUCUUAUACGUAAGGCCAAUAUUCGCCUCUGUCAAUUACGUGUCUGGACAAAUUUCGCAGGACUUGGUUUUAGCCUGAGAGCAGCUCCGGGACCACCAUAUCUUAUUUGUCUAGUGGAAUCGAAUAGUCCAGCAUCUGCUGGCGGUUUAAGAAUUCUCGAUGCUAUUUUAAGUGUUAAUCAAGGUGAUGUUUCGAAUGCAGAAUAUAGUCAAGUUGUAAAUGCCAUUUCUGACGCCCGUAAAAGGCAUACAUUGAUCGAAUUACUUGUUGUUGAACAACGUUUUUAUAAUGAAUUAAGAAAACGAAAUAUUGACAUUGAUCGUUCAAUGGCAGUAACUAUUACUACGCCACCAACGAUGCCAAAUGAAUAUGCUAAUUUUCCUAAACAUCAACCACGCACGUGUCAAAUUCGUUUAUCAAAAUCUGAAUUAACAUUUGGUUUCGAGGUUGUCAAUGGUGAAGGUGAUGUUGGUGCUUAUAUUCAAGAAGUAUUUCCAAAUACUCCAGCAAGUAGGGCACAUUUACGUAAAUCUGAUCGAAUUAUUGAAAUCGAUGAUAAAUUUGUUGAUAAAGAUGUCAGCAAAUCUAUAUUAGACAAAAUAUUCAAAGCGAGAAUAAAAUGUGCUGUGAAAUUAUAUGUCAUGGAUACCGAUACAUAUCAAUAUUAUCAAAUCAAUAAACUACCAUCAUCAUGUGAAGAAAAACGAGAAAGUCAAUCAGAAGAUAGAUUAUCCACAAGUGGAUUUAUAAAUGAACCUGAAUAUUCAUCAUCUUCUGUUCCAACUACUAGUCCAUUCUACAAUGCAUGUCGAGAUAAUAAUAUCGAUUUGGUUCAACAUUAUCUGAAAACAAUGUCAUUAGAAGAAAUUAAUAAAAUCGAACCAAAUGGAUCCACUGCACUUCAUGUAGCAGCUUAUCAAGGUUAUGAGGCAAUUGUUGAGAUGUUAUUGGAGAAAGGUGCUUCUUAUAUAACAAUUAAUAAAUAUAAUUUAACUCCCCUUGAUGAGGCUAAAACUGAUAAAAUAAGACAUAUGAUCUGUGACCGUCGUCAUAAAAAUCGUUUCGUCAGUGAAUAUGUCGAAUGGAUUGUUACUACAAGUGAUGCAGAUUUCCAGGCGUAUGAAUAUUCAAAAAUAUUGGAAGCAUACGGUAAAGACCCAAACUGUUAUCGAUUGGUUACUUAUAUAAAACAAAAUUAUCUUGAAAAAGAUUUACAAGGUAUCGAUGGAAUCGAUAGGAUAAAACAAUAUUUUGACAUAGCAAUAAACAAAAAUGAUCCCAUUUAUCUAUUACAAGCAUAUACAGCUGAAACUGAUUUUUACUCUAAACUAAAUUUUCAUCUGGCUCAAUUGCAGCUGGAAAACUUAACUGAUAAAGAAAAUCUUAGUCGUGCAUAUUAUAUUGGAAUAAUUAAAAGUCACUCAAGAUUCAGAGCAUUUUCAUAUAUUGGGAAAACGUUUCGUGGUAUGAUGAUUACUAAUAAUGAUCUUAAACAAUAUAGGAUCGGCACACGUAUUCUAACCAAAGCAUUUUCAUCGUCAUCCAAACGACUUAAUGUGGCAUUACAAUUUGUUAACAGCAAUCGAGAUACUGAUGAACGAUUCAGCACAAUAUGCAUAUAUGAGAUACGUAACGAGCGAACUGCAUUGGAUAUUGGACAUAUAUCAGCAUACCCAUAUGAACAAGAAAUAUUAAUUUUACCGUAUUCAGCUUUCAAAAUAAUUGACAUUGAACGAAAUAAACAUGAUUCACCUAAAGUCAAAAUAAUAUUAAAAGAAUGCGAGCCAUGAAUGGAUAUAUAUACGCAAAUAGCAGAAAUUACUGACAAAAUCGGAGAAACGAAUGGAAAAAUUAGAGACAUCAAUGGUCAACUGUGCCAAAAAGAGGCGGAAUUGGCCAAUCAAGAACUUGCGUCGGAUCAGCGACAAGAAAUUGAACGUCAAGUGCAUCAAUUAAAAAAGGAAAAUGAUAACCUUCUUAUGGCAGUUGACACCCUUGAAUCUGAAAAGUAAGAAAGAUAUCAUCAUAGGACGGUUUCAAAGGAUGAUUUUUGAAACAGAACAAUCAUAAAACUCAUUGAUGAAUAAAAUGAUAAAUAAUAUGAGAAGAGAACUAGUUCGCACAUAGCAUAGCAAGUCAUUUACUAUUGAUGAAACCUGACGAGUUCAAACGCUAAUGCAAAACCAUUUCCAUGUUUUGUUAUUUUAUUUAAAACGUUUUGGCUAGUCUUUUCUGCUUGGAUCAAGAGUUCAGCUCUUAUGUUCUUCAUAAGAACCGAGAUGCUCGCUCAUAUGCAUUUUGAAUAUUCAAUAUUCUUCUUCACGAAAUCAUCCUUCAAAACUAUCCUACGAUUUUAUGUCU